AUGUUUUUUUUUAGUUAUUGCUAUAACAAUAAUAUUUCCAUUUGUUAUAAUACAUAUUUAGCUCUUACUAAAAUUGAUUAUACAUAUUUAGAAAAUUUAAAACAACAUUUACAAAAACAUGGUCUUGAGGAGCAUAUAUAUGGUAAUACUGAAAGAGCUUCAAAAAAUAUGAACUGUAUUGAAUAUGAAAAGAAAUUAGAGUUUAUCAAUAAUUAUUUAGCCUACUUGAGUUAUAUACAAAAAGAAUGUAAUUAUUAUAAUAUUAAUAUUAAGAAUGCAGUUGAAGAUGACAAACAUAAUCAAAACAUAAUUGGUCCAGAAUGUACAAAUACUAUACUCAUUGCAACAAAUAGGCUUUUAUGUAAUACUGAUAACUUUUCAUAUACACAACAGACCAACUAUGUAAUUAAUGAAGCUGAAAUGCCUAAUAAUAGUAAGCAAGACAAAAGUGUAAAUAGUACUCUAAGCUUAGUUUGGCAUGCAAUUAAAAAAUAUAAUCAUCAAGAAA